AUGAACCACGUGUGGGCAGUGACGUGCAGAAGCACUGAAGGUGUAAAGAAACUUUUAGCUGAUCCGCAAUUGACUGUGAAAGGCCUCAAAUGCAUGAUAAUCGACCCAAGCCACCGCGACGCCCGUCUGAAGCUGCAUUGGUUGCUCUACCACGUACGAGAAGAGGACGUACGAAAUGCACUGACCAGACCAGACUGUAGGGACACACCAGUGCUUGACGUAGGAAUGGAUAAGUGGCGAAUUAACGGCUACACCCAGCAGAAUACCAUGACGAGAACCAUGACGCUCCGGCUAAAGGCUAACGUUACGCUGGACGAUAUACCUCACCAGUUACGAGUUGGAGGAGAGCUCGUACUUAUUGUGGCAACCGGAAGAGCGCCGUGGUGUUUGCGCUGCCAGCAGAUUGGCCACAUUAGGAGGGACUGUCGAGUCCCGCAGUGUGACACUUGCAAGCGUUUUGGACACGCCCCUGGGAACUGCACGAAGACAUAUGCAGCAGCUGCACUGAACACUGGGAGCAUGGAUAAAUCCGAGCUCACUAUGGACGAGGCCGAAGUAGAAGAAUCGGAACCUGCCGAGGGUGGUGCCAUGGAGUGGCACGACGCCGAGGAACCAGGUACGGGAGGCAAACGACCACGAGACGACCCCUAA